UCCCUUUCAUCUCUACAGUCAGUCAGAGAUCAGGGGGAGGAGUACAGCACUACACUCUCUCCAAGCCCAACAUUACUCUCAGUCUCUGCUGAGCGCAUUUCUGAAGAGGGACACCUUUUUACCCAAGAAACCAAACGGGAAUGACACACAGCAUCUGAACUCCGGCACUUUUUUUUUUUUUUUUUUGAGUCGGGCUUUUUAAACAGCCAAAGCGGUCCUGCGUUCAACUCACGCGUCUAACUUUUUCGUCUGAGAACGCCACGGGAGUCGUGCUUUAACUUUUAAAACACGUCGCGUUUGGAUCCUCGCGCGCGGCCGUAGACCAAACACUCGCGCGCGUGUUUGGAGUGCGCCCGGGCUGAAAUUAUACGGGGUUUUCUCGUCCAGCGCCUUCGCUUUCCGGGCGUUUGUAGGGUGAGGAGGACUUUCAAUCACCCGAGAAAUGCCGCAGUUGUCAGGUGGAGGAGGCGGCGGGGACCCGGAGCUCUGCGCCACCGAUGAAAUGAUCCCGUUCAAAGACGAGGGAGACCCGCAGAAGGAGCAGAUCUUCGCGGAGAUCAGCCACUCCGAGGAGGAGGGAGACUUAGCGGAGAUCAAGUCAUCUCUGGUCAACGAGACAGAGAUCAGUCCCAACAGUAACAGUCACGACGCAGCUAGACAGUCCCAAAUAACACCAGACUCUUAUCAUGAGAAGCACAGGGACCAUCCGGACGAUGGCAAGCAUCAAGACAUGUACAGCAAAGGCCACCCGUACCCCAGUUACCCAGGAUACAUCAUGAUGACCAAUAUGAACAAUGAACCCUACAUGAACAACGGCUCUCUCUCGCCUCCCAUUCCCAGAGCGUCUAAUAAGGUCCCCGUGGUACAGCACCCUCACCAUGUGCACCCGCUCACACCUCUGAUCACCUACAGCAAUGAGCACUUCACGCCUGGGAACCCCCCUCCACAUCUACAGGCAGACGUGGACCCCAAAACAGGAAUCCCAAGGCCUCCACAUCCUCCAGAUAUAUCUCCCUACUACCCCCUGUCACCUGGCACUGUAGGCCAGAUUCCCCAUCCGCUAGGAUGGUUAGUACCACAGCAAGGUCAACCAGUUUACCCAAUCACGACGGGAGGUUUCAGACACCCCUACCCAACUGCCCUCACUGUCAAUGCGUCCAUGUCAAGGUUCCCUCCUCACAUGGUGCCCCCCCACCACAGUUUGCACACCACAGGGAUCCCCCACCCAGCCAUCGUCACGCCCAACGUCAAGCAGGAGUCCUCUCACAGUGACAUCGGCUCCCUCAACAGCUCGAAACAUCAGGAUGCGAAAAAAGAGGAGGAAAAGAAGAAGCAGCCGCACAUAAAGAAACCUCUGAACGCAUUCAUGCUUUACAUGAAGGAAAUGAGAGCCAAAGUGGUGGCAGAAUGCACACUGAAAGAGAGCGCAGCUAUCAACCAGAUCCUAGGCCGAAGGUGGCAUGCUCUGUCUCGAGAGGAGCAGGCCAAAUACUACGAGUUAGCCAGGAAAGAACGACAGCUUCACAUGCAGCUGUACCCCGGCUGGUCGGCACGAGACAACUAUGGGAAAAAGAAGAAGAGAAAAAGGGAAAAGCAGGCAGGAGAGGGCAAUGGUAAGUGAGCUGCAAUUAUCUCUCAUAUUAAAGCAGACCCAUCAUCUGUCACAAGUGUGACAUCUCAAAGAUGAAAGUCCAGCCUUUUUUUUUUUCUUAUCUCUUUUUUGUGCCUGCCUCAUUUUGUAUAUAGCUAUGCUACCCAAUGCAAUAUUUACACGAUAGACUGCUUGUUAUCCCCCUCUUCUCCCCUUGCCCCAUGUCGAGCGUUAAUAACAUUGAAUAUGCAUGACCCCCACCACCUCCUC